UUUAUCGACACUUCAGAACCGCACUCUCAAGGGGCCCAACCGCAGAACUGCAAGAUGGUUCAAAGAUGUUUGACAUUGUUAAUGUCAUGCUUAAUUACAUGGUCCUUGUGGGAAACCAAAAGUGCCUGGACGCUGCGUGUUGGAGACUCGCCUGGCCAGGAGCGGCAAGAUCUUGACGCGCAUCUCGGCUGCAGCUUUGAUGAUGAGGGGCUCCCGCUGUGCGGCUGGACUCAGUCAGGCGAUGACACCGGAGACUGGAUCAGGAACUCGGGAGCAACCCCCAACCCCAACACCGGUCCACCUGGGGACCACACCAACGGAUCCUCCUUCUACCUCUACCUGGACUCUGCAUCCGUGGGAGCUGGGGAGGAGUGAGGCUCCUGAGCCCCAGCAUCAACACCAACCAGAACGUGUGCCUGAGCUUCUGGUAUCACAUGUUCGGCGAUGAACUUAUGACCCUGAACGUGCACGUGCUGGAGGACGGUGGAGAGAGACACGUGUGGCGCGCGGAGGGGCAGCAGAGCAUCGCCUGGCUGCAGGGAACCGUCACCAUCCAGGCCAGGCCAGACACCCAGGUUAUCCUGGAGGGGAUUCGGGGAGCAUUAAGAUUGAGUGAUAUAGGCCUGGAUGACAUUUCCGUGGCUGAGGGAAAUUGUUUUGAGUGUGUGAGCGGAUGUGAUUUUGAUGAAAUGGGAGACUUCUGUGGCUGGCAGAACAGCGGAGGGGACGUGGGCUGGGAGCAUUGGACUGGUCCCACAGUAACUGAGAACACUGGUCCUGACGAUGACUUUUCACGCCCUGGCUUUGGGAAUUACCUGCUGCUGGACUCUGAGUACAACAAACCUGGAACGGCGCUGCUGCUAGAGAGUCUGGCUAUCCCCUCCUCUGGGUGCCUCGUCCUGAGCUUCCACUACUUCCUGUAUGGGUCAGCAGAGAACAUGGCCAUCAACGUUUACAUCAACAAAGCUGUCAAUGGACAACCCGUGUGGACUGUUCAGGGAAACCAGGGAGAACAGUGGAUUUUAGCUCAAGUCAUGUUCCCUGAGUCCGGAAAUGUUCAAUUUGCCAUCGAAGGAGUGCGUGGGGAGACACCUGAGAGCGAUAUUGCUGUGGACAGCGUCUGCGUCUCAGUCUGUGAGCCUACAGGCACCGAAGCCCCUCCUUUCGACUCAACACCAGCUCCUUCACAGACUACAGAUUUACCCCCAACUGUAUUUCCGACAUCGACAACAAAAUCACCAUCAGCAGCGUCAACACCAGGCACCGAGGUUCCAUCGUUAGAAUCAACAUCAGCACCAAAUUCUCCAGCAGGAUCAACAACAGAAUCGACGCCAGGACCAACUCGUCUGCCAGCAAUCACGACCACGACCAAUACGACAGCAGCUCCUCCAACUCCAACAACGCCGGCACCAACGCCACCACCGACGCCACCACUUCCAAAUGUGCGUCUCGGCUGCACCUUUGAUGAUGAGGGGCUCCCAAUGUGCGGCUGGACUCAAUGGGGCGAUGACGCUGGAGACUGGAUCAGGAACUCGGGAGCAACCCCCAACCCCAGCACUGGCCCACCUGGGGACCACACCACCGGCUCCUCCUUCUACCUCUACCUGGACUCUGCGUCCGUGGGAGCUGGGGGAGGAGUGAGGCUCCUGAGCCCCAGCAUCAACACCAACCAGAACGUGUGCCUGAGCUUCUGGUACCACAUGUACGGCGAUGAACUUAUGACCCUGAACGUGCACGUGCUGGAGGACGGCGGAGAGAGACGCGUGUGGCGCGCGGAGGGGCAGCAGAGCAGCGCCUGGCUGCAGGGAACCGUCACCAUUCAGGCCAGGCCAGACACCCAGGUUAUCCUGGAGGGAAUUCGAGGAACAUCAAGAUUGAGUGAUAUAGGCCUGGAUGACAUUUCUGUAGUUGAGGGAAAUUGUUUUGAGUGUGUGAGCGGAUGUGAUUUUGAUGAGAUAGGGGACUUCUGUGGCUGGGAGAACAGUGGAGGGGACAUUGGCUGGGAGCAUUGGAACGGUCCCACAAACACUGAGAACACUGGCCCUGACGAUGACUUCUCACGGCCUGGCUUUGGGAAUUACCUGCUGCUGGACGCCGAGUUCAACGGCCCUGGAGCGGCGCUGCUGCUGGAGAGUCUGGCUAUCCCCUCCUCUGGGUGCCUCGUCCUGAGCUUCCACUACUUCCUGUAUGGGUCAGCAGAGAACAUGGCCAUCAACGUUUACAUAAAUAAAGCUAUCAAUGGACAACCCGUGUGGACUGUUCAGGGAAACCAGGGCGAACAGUGGAUUUUAGCUCAAGUCAUGUUCCCUGAGUCCGGAAAUGUUCAAUUUGCCAUCGAAGGAGUGCGUGGGGAGACACCUGAGAGCGAUAUUGCUGUGGACAGCGUCUGCGUCUCAGUCUGUGAGCCUACAGCUCCAACAACGCCGGCACCAACGCCACCACCUACACCACCACUUCCAAAACCAGGACACUGCAGCAUUUGCGGAGACCCUCAUUACUGGACAUUUGACGGGGUCGCCCACGACUUCAUGGGCACGUGCACCUACACCGCGUCCAUCCCGUGCAACCAGAGCUCCACCCUGCCCCACUUCAACGUGGAGACGACCAACGAGCACCGGGGCGGCAGCACGGCCGUGUCUUACGUCAAGGAGGUCCACGUGGAGGUCUACGGCCACAGAAUCACCUUGGGCCAAGGGCGCCGGGUGCUGGUGGAUGGGCUGCGUGUGACUCCUCCGUUCUUUAUUUCGGGGGUGUACAUCCAUCUGAGUGGAUCCUACGUUGUGCUCGAGACCGAUUUCAAUCUGGUUGUUCGGUUUGAUGGGAACCACCAUGUGGAGAUAGUCGUGCCUGGAGAAUACACGGGGGAACUGUGCGGCAUCUGCGGGAACUUUAAUGAAGAUGGCUCAGAUGACAAUCUGAAGCCGGAUGGGUCAGCAGCGGCCUCAUCAAGCGAGUUGGGAAACAGCUGGAGAGUGUUCAACAGUUCUGAUGAUGAUUGCCAAGAUGAUACCGGGGAAAUACCUCCAUGUGAUGAGAAUGACAAGAACUUUUAUGAAUCGGAUACGUUCUGUGGAAUAAUCACUGACCCUGAGGGAGCUUUCAAAGAGUGCCACGCGGUGCUGCCUCCACAAGUCUUCUUCGACAACUGCGUGUUCGACCUGUGUGCCACGGACGGGGACCACGGCUCGUUGUGCCAGGCCCUGCAGGCCUACGCCGACCAGUGCGCCCAAGCUGGGGUCAUAGUCACGUGGAGGAACAACACCUUCUGCCCAUUCCCGUGUGAACCUGGCAGCCACUAUGAGAGCUGUGCCCCACCGUGCCCGGCCACCUGCAGCAACGCAAGUCUCCCGGGUGGCUGCAACCAGCACUGUGCGGAGGGCUGUGUCUGUGACGACGGCUUUGUCCUCUCUGGAGACAAGUGUGUCCCCACAUGGCAGUGCGGUUGCCUGGAUAACAAUGGCCACUACCAUCCGCUCGGGGAGAGCUGGUUUGAGUCGCACGACUGCAGCAAGCGCUGCAUCUGUGUCAAUCCUGGCGGCGAUGUGAGCUGUGACCCCUGGGUCUGUAAGGACGAUGAGAUCUGCAGUGUUGAGGAUGGCAUCCUGGACUGUCACACACAGGGUACCGAAGUCCCUCCUUUCGAAUCAACACCAGCUCCUCCACAGGACACAGAUUCACCACCAACUGUAUUUCCGACAUCGACAACAAAAUCACCAUCAGCAGCGUCAACACCAGGCACCGAGGCUCCAUCAUUAGAAUCAACAUCAACACCAAAUCCUUCAGAAGGGUCAACAACAGGACCAACUCGUCCGCCAGCAAGCACGACCACGACCAAUACGACAGCAGUUCCUCCAAAACCAGGUGACUGUGUGAUCACUGGAGACCCUCACUACAUCACGUUCGACAAGACGACGCACCACUUCAUGGGCGAGUGCACCUACACGGCAGCCAUCCUGUGUAACCAGAGCUCCACCCUGCCCCACUUCAACGUGGAGACAACAAAUGAGUUCUGGGGCAACAACACGGCCGUUUCUUAUGUCAAGGAGGUCCACGUGGAUGUCUACGGCCACAGGUUUACCUUGGCCAAAGGACGCCGGGUGCUGGUGGAAGGACGGCGUAUGACCACUCCGCUGCUGCUGUCGGGGGUGCACGUGUACCUGAGUGGAUCCUACGUUGUGCUCGAGACCAAUUUCAAUUUGGUUGUUCGGUUUGACGGAAACCACCAUGUGGAGAUAGUCGUGCCGAAUGCGUAUGCUGGGAUACUGUGCGGCAUCUGUGGAAACUUUAAUGGCGAUGGCUCAGAUGACAAUCUGAAACCAGACGGCUCAGUGGCCGCCUCCUCGGCAGAACUGGGAAACAGCUGGAAGUCGGUGAACAGCUCGGAUGAAUGCAAAGAUGAUGAAGGGGGAAGACCCGAGUGUGAUCCAGCGACACAAGUGGAGUUUGAAAAGGAGGGAUUCUGUGGCUUAAUCACCGACCCCAAUGGAGCUUUCAAAGAGUGCCACACGGUGCUGCCUCCACAAGUCUUCUUCGACAACUGCGUGUUCGACCUGUGUGCCAUGGGCGGCAAACCCCUGUCGCUGUGCCAGGCCCUGCAGGCCUACGCCGACCAGUGCGCCCAAGCUGGUGUAAUCGUCACGUGGAGGAACAACACCUUCUGCCCACUCACUUGCAAACCUGGCAGCCACUAUGAGAGCUGUGCACCGCCCUGCCCGGCUACCUGCAGCAACGCAAGUCUCCCGGGUGGCUGCAACCAUCACUGUGGGGAGGGCUGUGUCUGUGACGACGGCUUUGUCCUCUCUGGGGACAAGUGCGUCCCCGCGGAGCAGUGCGGUUGCCUGGAUAACAACGGAAACUACCACCCGCUCGGGAAGAACUGGUUUGAAUCGGAGACCUGCGACCGGCGCUGCACAUGCGUGACGCCCGGAUACGUGAGUUGCGAUGCCUGGCAAUGUGGAUGGCAAGAGGUCUGCACGGUGGAGGAUGGCAUUCUGGGCUGCCACAGCAAGGGUUACGCCACGUGCCACGUUGCCGGAGAUCCCCACUACUUCACCUUUGACCUGAUAAUGAUCAGCUACAUGGGCACAUGCACGUACACGCUGGCGGACGUGUGCAAUGACACCAACGUGACACCCUUCACCAUCACCGCCAAGAACGAGGAGCGCGGACAGGCGUCCGGCUCCUACCUCAAGCACGUGAUCGUCGACAUCGCGGGCCACCGCGUCACCCUGCAGAAGAGCCACCGCGUGCUGGUUGACGAUAAGCGAGUUAAGACCCCCAUCGAAGGUUUGGUCCCAGGGGUUAAGAUCGGCAUAAGCGGAAGCUACGUUCUCCUGGAGACUGAUUUUGGCGUCACAGUCAAAUUUGAUGGAAAACAUCACCUUGAGAUCAACACUCCAAGUACUUACUUUAACAAGCUGUGCGGCCUAUGCGGCAAUUACAACCAGAACGGCACAGACGACUACCUGAUGCCCAACGGGGAGCUUGCCACCAGCGCCGCCCAGCUCGGAGACAGCUGGAAGGCCGAGGGAGACGAUGAUGCUGGUUGCAAACCAGACGAGCCACACAUUCCCAGCUGUGAUCCAAUCAAUGAAGAGGCAUAUCAAAAUACAUGUGAAGUCGUUAUCUCUAUCUCAGGAGCCUUUGCCAAGUGCCAUGCCGAGAUAGAUCCUGAGCCUUUCCUGAAGACGUGCAUCUACGAUAUGUGUCAGUUCUAUGGAAUGGAGAGCACGCUGUGCGAUAACUUCCAGGCCUAUGCGGAGGCCUGCCGGGCAAAGGGCAUGAACAUUCUGUGGCGCAAUGAAACCUUCUGCCCACUGUCAUGCCCGCUGAACACCCACUACACGCCGUGCGCCUCGCCCUGCCCGGCCACCUGCUCGGACAUCUACGCCGAGGCCGGCUGCCAGAGCGCGGCUCGGUGCGCCGAGGGCUGCGUCUGCGACCAGGGCUUCGUGCUUAGCGACGACCUCUGCGUGUCGCUGGAAGCCUGCGGCUGCCGGGACGAUGAAAACAACUACCACUCGUUUGAAGAGGCCUGGCUUAGUGACAACUGCAAACGAAAGUGCGUUUGCUCGGUGCCUGGCAAUGCGAGCUGUGAGGCGUACAACUGUGUGGAACACGAAAGUUGUCAACUGAAGAAUGGGAAGGAAUCUUGCCAGCCUGUUAGUUACAACACGUGUUCAAUAUCUGGGGACCCACAUUACCAGACCUUUGACAAGAGGCUGUACCACUUCAUGGGUCGUGAAACAUACACGCUGGUGCAGAGCUGUGGGGACAACAAAAACCUCCUGCCCAUCAGAAUCCUCGGCAAAAACAAGCGUGUCGACCACAACCACCGCGUGUCCUUACUGGAUGCAGUGUACAUUUACGUGUACGGCUUCCAGAUCAAGUUUACCGACAGAAAGGAUUUCGAGCUGAAUGGGGUAAGAACGAAGCCCCCAUCAAAUCCCAUGGAGGGACUUGAAAUCGUGCACACCUCCCGCAAGAUGGUGCUCAGGACGGACUCUGGCCUGACUGUCAUAUUCAACCGCAAGUCACACGCAGACGUGACCAUUCCCAGUUCUUAUGCUGGCCAAGUGUGUGGCCUGUGUGGGAAUUACAAUGGGGACAAGAGUGACGAAUUCAAGACUCCCGAUGGAUCGCUCGUUACUUCCGAGAACGUGUUUGGCAACAGCUGGGAAGUCAAUGAACGACGCAGCCUCUUUGAGCAGUACGAGUCACCCGUUUUCAGGUCGAAACGUCUCGUUGAGGAACCCCGGAAUGACCUCAACCUCAGCUGCAGCGAUGAGCAAUGGGCAGAGCUGGAGAACAAGAAUUCCUGCGGAGUGUUCCAUGAUCCCGCUGGGCCUUUCGUGCAGUGCUGGACCGCUGCCCCGUGGGACCCGUAUUACACGAACUGCAUGUAUGACUUGUGCGAAAACAUUGGAGACAAGGAGUUGUUCUGCAGCAGUCUGGAGGUUUACACGUCAGCCUGCCAACAGGAGGGCAUCACUCCCAACAACUGGAGAAUUCACACGGGCUGUGAACCGGCGUGCCCUCCAAACAGCGUCUACGUCGAGCGCAUGUCCGCCUGCCCGUCCACCUGUGGAGACUUGGCCGCUUCUUCGAACUGCGAGCUCCCCGACGUGGAGGGCUGCCAGUGCUUGCCCGGGUUCGUGAUGAGCGGCUUCGACUGCGUCCCCUACACCCAGUGCGGCUGCCUCUAUGAGAAGUCCUAUCACGAGGUUGGGGAACAGUUCUACACAUCCGCCUGUGAACAGUCAUGCAAAUGUCUGAAAACAGAGACGUUGGUAUGCAACAGAUAUAGUUGUAUUGAAGAGGAAGUGUGUACCGUCAGCAAUUUCACCAUCGGCUGUUUUGCCGCCGAUCCAUGUGCCUCAUCCCCUUGUCAGAAUGGAGGCACCUGCUUAAUGAAUGGCGUUGAGUACGAGUGCACCUGUCCUCCCAACUACAAUGGAACGAAUUGUGAAAUUUCACUGGACCCAUGUGCGUCAAACCCCUGCCAGAAUGGAGGAACCUGCAUGGUAACGAAUGACAAAUUUGAGUGCAAAUGUCCAGCAACGCACAACGGGGCCCUCUGCGAGAUUCUGGUGGACCUGUGUGCUUCGAAUCCUUGUGAGAAUGGAGGCACGUGCACAGUAGAGGAUGGCGUGCUUGUGUGCCAGUGUCCUUCCUCCUACACUGGAAAACACUGCGAGAAAAAAGAUGAUACCAUCACCAUCGUCAUCGCUGUGGUUUGCUCUGUUGGAGGAGUUUUGAUCAUUGCCGUCAUUGUUUUCGUCGUCUACAAAAGAAAACGAUCCAGACGGAUGGGUCUCUAGCCUCAUUUGUCGUUUGAGUAUCGGCCCGGCAUCUUGUUAACAACCAAGCGCCUGCUGUUGGAGGACAAGAAGGUGUCUUCAAUGGGGGACCAGGGGGAGGAGAGACCGCCACCAUCAUCGACAACUCAGCACCACCACGGCAAUCCCUUCACGGCCCUCGCGAGGAAAGUGAAGUCACAUGCUACGGGGGAGGGGAGACCGCCACCCUCAUCGACAACUCGGCACCACCACGGCAAUCCCUUCACGGCCUUCGUGAGGGCAGUGAAGACCAUGACAGACGGGAGAUUGGAGGGGCAUCCACAACCAUCUGGAGCCUAUGCAGCCCAAAUGCCCCCUCCCGCUUAUACCACCAACGCGCCGAUGGGACACCCGUUUCAUGCUCAACCACAGCAAGGACCACAAUUCUACGGGCAGCCGCCGACGGCAUACCCAGGGGCUUCCCAGCCCACGAUGGCUGGCGCUGAUCAUCAGCAACCCAUGAUGGUCGAUGCGCCACCCGGAAUGUUUGUGCCUCAAUACACGACACAACCGGCGAUGGGCGCUCAGCCUUAUAUGUUUGUUAUGCGGCCUGAAAUGGGCACUCAGCCAACGUUUGUUUCUCACCCAAUGAUGGCUCCGCAGUUCACUGGUCAGCCAAGAUUGGGUCCUCAAUUCAUUGGUCAGCCAAGGAUGGGUUAUCAGGUCACCUCACAGCCAAGGAUGGGUUAUCAGGUCAUCUCGCAGCCAUGGAUGGGUCCUCAAGUAACCUCACAGCCAGGGAUGGGUCCUCAAGUAACCUCACAGCCAGGGAUAAGUCCUCAAGUAACCUCACAGCCAGGGAUGGGUCAUCAGGUCACCUCACAGUCAGAGAUGGGUCCUCAGAUCAUCUCUCAGCCAGGUUUUUCACGACCAAAAAUGCCACUUCCGAUGGAUAAGAAAGAGAAACUGGCAAAUGUGACACCUCAAGAAAAGGGACAUCAAUCCAUCAUGGGACCUCCAGACAAGGCCAAGUAUCACCCACAGACGAUGGGACCGAGUCAGCAUGCUCAGCCGAACGUGCAUAUUGACAUAAAAGAGGAGGACAACGUCUACGAAGAGGUCACUUUAAAAGAUGGCCCUGGCAGUGGAACGUACGAAAUGGACACAAGCCUUUACGAGCAGCCAGAUGUGUGCCCAGAUAGAGCAGGAGGUCAUCAGAGCGUCGCCGUGAGUGAAAUGGCCGACAAUUAUCUACCAAUAAAUUAUUAAGAGCAGGGGGGAAGACCGGCACCACUCUUGAGGUUGUGGAAGUGUUGGUUCGUACUCGAAUUGUAAGUGUUGUCGUGGGUUUACUCUCCAACACACCAAUGUGUGUUGUAUUAGUAACGAAUUGGCACUUUUUGUUUACCUGACAUUCCUUACUGAUUGGUUGUGGUGGCGGCUUUAACGACACAUUUAUAUUUACUCGAACUAACCCCAAAAAACCUCUAAUAUGGAUAAUAUUGGUUGUGAAAGCCUCCUCUGACUACCACGUGUUAAACCGUGUUGGUGCUGUCGCACGUUGGAGCCGAUGGACCGGAGUCUUUUUAGAAGCUGGGCUACAGAAGCAAACGAAUGACUCCGCCGUGAGCCAGCGCCGCUGAGGUCGCGGGGUUCAAAUAAUGGGGUCCCUUAACCACGAUGCACAAAUUCUCGAUCGUCUUUGCCCAAUCACUGGCAACUUACAUUAACGCGAUGUAAACAUGUCACGUAGAAAUUGGUUUCACAAUUUCGGCAACAAUCUUCGUGUAGAACGUAAUUGACGGUAAGCGAAUCGCUCGCACGAGCUAUAUAACGAGGGCAGAGUGGCCCGCGCAGAGGUUAACGCAAUGCACCGCGAACCUGGCAACCCGAGUUCGAUUCCUGGCCACAGGUUUAACACCAGUGGUGAAGAGAACCUCUGCUUCACUACCCCACCACUGGUGAAGUAUUGUCAAACAACCACCCCCCACGUAACCAAUAGUGUGAGGAGGACCUAAAUCAGUACAGAAAUGUUUUGUAGUGUAGUACAGUGAACACAAACAAAGACAAAGAUCUCCCGUAUAGCCUUAACAGACAGUUGGGGCAAGUGCUGUUAGCAAACACCUAUGAAGGCCGGCACGGCACACGAGGGGGUGGAUGGCCAGCACCACCCACGACCGCUUUUGUCUCCCCAGUGGCGAUGUCUACACACCGCACAGGUACUCAUUUGAGGCUGAGUCGACCUAGGGGAGGCUUCGAACCGGUUCAUAUAAUCGUCACCGGUGUUGGCCGUGGGCAGGAAUCGAAGUCGGGUCGCCGCGUUCGUAGCGCAGCGUAGCGCUAACCACUACACCACCGCUCCCCGCAAGUACAGAGAGUAUACAUGCACGCAUACGCGAUGCAAACCCUAUGAAUGGCUCCUCGUGCACUCGGCCGGUCAAGAGACAUCGGCUGACCCCGACUGCGGUCAGCAAUGUGGUCGGGUCAGGGGGUGGGCUGCAGGAAAUUCGAUGGGAAGCGUGCGCCCAGCAGAAAAACGACGUCUCGCAUUGUCACGCUGCUGUGCGAUGCCGCUCGUGAGCGAGCGACGACUCGCGUGAGUUGAGAAUGAUGUGCCCGUGAGAUUUGUGGGUUGUUUUAAUAUAUCGCACGCACUUCGCAAGGGUAAUUACCAGGUCACGGAAUCUGAAGGAGAAAAAAAUGCAAGAAUAUUUAUUCAUGCUUGGGGGGGGGUCACAGGGUUGCCAAAGAAGUGGAAACUCAAAGUCCAAGAAUAAUGUAUCCAAAAAAUAUCGGUAAUUAACUAUACAUCACAAUAUGUUAAACAAAUACAACUUCAAUAAGGUAAUAGCCAAAUGUACUUUGUGGAUGUUUAAGUUUUGAACGCAGUAUUUGCUACAAAUUGGGCUGCAUUAUCGGUUUUAAAAUACACAAUGUAUACAGCACGAUCCGCAAACUUGUACGAGGAGUGCAAACUCAACAUCUGGAGCUGAAUGUUUGUGUGGGCCUAAUUAUUUUUCCCCGUGAUAAGCCUCAACUCGGCGGACAAUGGCACGGAGUUGGUUUGUUGUUGUCACGCGGCGCCGGAAGACGAUCCCGACGCAACUGAACCAUUAUAGAGGUGGGGGGGGUAAGUGGUGGGGUGCCCCCCACCGCUGCUGCCCCAACCAAGUGAAGACGCCUAGACGUCUGGGAGGAGAUGACGGGGGAAGGGGAGGUAUAACGAACCGCACGAGGAAACCCUUAGGUAGGGAAGAUGGGGGAAAUGGUGGGGGGAAAGGAGAACAAAGAAGACCCCUAAAAUGAAGUAACAUAACAGGCGGCUAAUGGGCGUCCAUGCUUUCCUUCCACCUUCCACCAUUCCGAGUUGCGCUCCCACUUCACCACUGAGGGGCUGCUAUUCCCCUCUUUUUCGGUCCCCAUCUCCAGCCCCCCGCCCCCUCCCCCCCCCCACUAAUCCGACCGCCUCACUUCAAGCUCCGUAUAAAAGGGAACCACCUGGCCUCGUACAACGUCUCUUUUCCCCGAAGCUGAUGCCUCAAGUUGCCCAUGCCCUCGGAAGAGUUGUACCAUGCCACUGUCGCCAUUAAGAGAGCUCGUGUUCCUUCCGGUUGACCGGCAUCAUCUUCCCUGGCGACGAUGUUCAGAGUUCUGGAGCAGGGCAUUGUCGACUUCUUGUUCCCGUGCCAGGUUUCAGACCCCGCAGCGUCUCUUCUAGGGACAGGGAGAUGUUUUUCCCCACACAAGUCAUUAAAUAGGUUCCGUGAUCUCAUGGUAAAGUUGCGCAGGAAUCGGGCAGAGCCAAAAAGGCGUGGGAAUAUGUUUGUACCAUGCCCGAAUUUUUUUUUUUAACCUGAGAUGUAACCAGGACUUUUAACUGCGCGAAAAAACGUGAAUUGGGCCCUGGUCUGUCAAGUACGGAGGAAUGCAGCAAUUGAGAAUGUGCCCUGAAAAUAACAAGGGGCGAAUGUGCGGUGUGUUUUUUUUAGAGGUACCUCUAAAAUCUUUAAAAUAAUUUUAAAAAUGCAUAACAACCUGCCCUCGCAAAGGUCGCAUUUCUAACAGCGUGCUAAGAAGAGGCGACGCUACGUCUCCACGGUGGCUCAACAUCCCCCACGUGCCACCCUGGGCCUCAAUUUAGCCUCCACUGCAGAAUUGUUGCUGUGCCUUCGACAAUCGCCUUUUAAUUUUCGGUGGGGUUUUUUUCAACCUUUAUUUUGAACUGCUCUUCAUACUUGUAUCGUGUGUAUAUAUAGCAUAAUGUACAUAAGAUUGAAGCUAUAACGUGGGGAUAAAUUUGACAUUCGUUGUAAUAAGAUAAUUUACUUAGAAAACGGAUGAAAUGUAUUGGGACAUCAUCGCUUAAUUAUCCCCGGAAUAUUGAGGGUCUCUUUAUAGAGUUUUGGUUCUUAACCUGGGGUGCACGCACCCCCUGGGGCUGCGAGAUGUCCUUUCUGAGAACCAAAGGGGUGCAGUCUGCAGUGAAGGUUGAGAACAACUGCUCUAUAUGAAGGAAUUCCAGACUUCGUGUGGCUCGAUGCCGAUGUAUUGGGAAGAUGAAUGUGGUCAAAUGUAAACGUAAAUAAAAUGACAUCAAAUAUGUUAAACAAUGA